AUGGAUAGUCCAUUCUUCAGGAGCCCAAGGAAUGCGCCUUCUCAUCCUCGAUACUACUACCCCGGCGUGAGAACUGUCCCUGUUCAGAAACAACCGGUGCAUGCCCCGGAGGAGGCUACGCGUCCCCCGAAAGUCGUCUCGAUCCCGGUCCACUUCGUGGAGCCCGAGCGGGAGCGGUCGGGAUCCGCGCUGAAGAUCCAGAAGGUGUUCAGAGGGUUCCUCGUGAGGAAGAGCGUGCGGAGGAUCGCGGCAUUGAGGAGGGAGGUGGAGGAGGUCGAGAGGAGGGUGUCGGAUCCGGACGAGGUCGAGCUGAUGCGGAGGGACCCGAGGGAGAGGCUGAGGAUGAGCGAGAUGCUGAUGAACGUGCUCUUCAGGUUGGAUUCCGUCAGGGGGGUGGAUUCCGGUGUCAGGGACUGCAGGAAGGCGGUGAUCAAAAGGGCGAUCGCUCUGCAGGAGAAGGUUGAUGAGAUUGUCGCUGUCUGUCCUGUUGCUGAGCCUGAACCGGCUGCCGAAGCUGACCGAGCUGCGGAAGUCGAAGGGCGAGCUGAUAAUGGAGGUAACACGACGGAGGAGGCUGCUCAAGUUGAUGAUUCUGGCACUGGUGAGCCAGCUCCGAGCUCUCCGGAGGCUAUAAGAGAGGAAUUGGACAUUCCUCGACGACUGAAGGGGGCAGAAGCUGAGGUCAAGAACCAUGGCGAUGCUGAUCAGAGGAUGGAUGAGUCGGCAGGUGAGGCCGAGCGCCUCGAUGACUGUGGCUGCGAAAAUACGAUGAUCGAUGAGCGAGCGGGUGGAGAGGAGUCGGAGAUGUGCAUCUGCGACGUUGACGAGAGGGUCGAGGAAAAUGAUCGGGUCAAUGCGAAUGUAAUAAAUGCGAAGACAGGUGCAGAGGAGAGUCCGGUUCCAACGACUAGUGAAUGCUCCGGAGGGACGCGAACGGACAGCCAGACAGACUCCUCCCCCAAUCCGCAGAGCUUAAUCGAAGAAGCGGAGGAGAAUGCCUGCCCUGUAGCUAGCGGCGCUGCAGAGGAAGACGAGGAGAAGCGCGAGCGUGACGGGAAGGAGGAAGAAGAGAAUGGAGGAGGAGACGGAGAGAGGAGCAGGAGGAGCAAGGAGCUGCUGGAGAGAAUGAUGGAGGACAACGGGAAGAUGAUGCGGAUGAUGGCGGAGCUGCUCGAGAGGAACGAGAGGCAGACUCGGCUGCUCAGCUCCCUGUCGCAGAGGGUGGAGCAGCUCGAGAAGGCCUUCGUGUGCGAGAAGCUACGGAGGAAGAAGAAGAGGCACGCAAGAGGGAGCUCCGUCGACUGCUCGGAGACCUCCCCGGACCCCAAGAAGUCCGGGAGGAAAUGA